GAACUAAAUGCUGUCAAUCUGUUUUCAGGUGUCUUUGUAUCCAGUGUUGUUCUGGUCUUACAACAGCGAGCACUUUUCAAGUUUUAUAUGAUUGCCUCGGCGUUUCUGCUGGCUGCAACUUCAGUGUUGGUGAAUUACUAUGCUUCUUUGCACAUAAAUUUCUACAGUGCCUACUACACAGCAGCAUUUGGAAUUCAGUUCCUCCCUCAUAAAGGACCUUCGCUCUGGAUGGCGCUUUCCAUCCUUCAGCUCACCUUUGGAAUUGGAUAUGUCACCUUGCUCAACGUGCAGUCCGUUCACUCGCAGCUAAUCAUCCUGGAUAUAUUGAUCCCUGUGAUUGGGUUGGUGGUUGAAUUACCUUUACACGUCCGACAGAUGCUCGUUUUUAUUUCGGGCCUGGUUCUGAUGUUGAACACCGCAGCCAUUUUGGUUAUGAAAAUUAAAUGGUUCUACUACUCUGUGAGAUAUGUUUAUCUGCUGGUGAGGCACAUGUAUCGCAUUUAUGGAUUACAGCUAUUGAUGGAAGAUACGUGGAAAAGGAUUCGGUUUCCAGCCGUGCUACGUGUCUUCUGGCUAACAAGACUUACAGCGCAAGCUGUGGUAUUAACAUAUGUUGUAAAGAUGGCAGAAACUAAUCCAGAAGAGAAAUUCUUUUUAAUAUCAUGGGAUAAUUGUUGGGAACUGAUUUGCAGUCUGAUAAUAAGUGGGUGUGAUUCUACUUUAACUGUGCUAGGCAUGAGUGCGGUGAUUUCCUCCAUAGCGCAUUACUUGGGCCUCGGCAUCUUGGCCUUCAUCGGAUCGACUGAUGAAGACGACAAAAGGCUGGGUUUUGUAGCACCCGUGUUGUUCUUCAUUUUGGCUCUCCAGACUGGUUUAAGUGGACUGAAACCAGAAGAAAGAUUAGUUCGCCUGAGUCGAAACAUGUGCCUUUUGUUAACCGCAGUCCUGCAUUUUAUCCACGGGAUGACAGACCCUGUGCUCAUGUCUCUCAGUGCCUCGCACGUGUCGUCGUUUCGCAGACACUUCCCCGUGCUGUUUGUUUCAGCUUGUCUCUUCAUCCUCCCGGUUCUGCUCAGCUACGUCCUCUGGCACCACUAUGCACUAAACACGUGGCUUUUUGCAGUUACAGCCUUCUGUGUAGAGCUUUGCCUAAAAGUCAUAGUUUCUAUUACAGUUUAUAUAUUGUUUAUGAUUGAUGGCUACUAUAAUGUGCUAUGGGAAAAACUUGAUGAUUAUGUCUACUAUGUUCGUUCAACGGGCAAUAUUAUUGAGUUUAUAUUCGGAGUAAUUAUGUUUGGGAAUGGAGCGUAUACCAUGGUUUUUGAAUCGGGGAGUAAGAUUCGCGCGUGCAUGAUGUGUCUCCAUGCUUACUUCAACAUUUACUUGCAAGCGAGGAAUGGCUGGAAGACUUUUAUAAAUCGCAGGACAGCUGUGAAGAAAAUCAACUCCCUUCCCGAGAUCAAAGGCAGCCGGUUACACGACAUAGAUGAUGUGUGUGCAAUCUGCUACCACGAGUUUACCACGUCUGCUCGCAUUACUCCCUGCAAUCAUUAUUUUCAUGCACUUUGUCUGCGGAAGUGGCUCUAUAUUCAGGACACGUGCCCCAUGUGCCAUCAGAAAGUAUAUAUUGAGGACAAAGAAAAUGCCAAUAUCCCUAACAACAGCGGCUUUGCGGCACCAAACGAAAACCCUGGGCAAGUUGCAGAAGAAGCUGCUGAUGCUGAAAAUGACCUAAAUGAAGAUAACGACAGUUCGGACAGUGACGAGGAAGAGGAUGACUGUGUGGAACAGCACUUGAAUGAGACUCUUAAUGUUGACUCUAAUUCUCUUGGUGAUUAAAAUGUCCUUUACUAAACCUUGAGGUAUUUGUUUAAAAUUGACUUCAACAGAAUAAAAUUAUCACUUUGUAGUUAUUCUACUUAAGCACAACAGCAGUAUCUCAAUGUUGAGUCUGUGAAUGGUGGUUGUUUACUGUGGUAUGUGCUACUGUAAAUAUACCUCGAAUAUUUGCUGGUCUCUUUCAUGGCCACCUUAAACUUGUGUACAUUAUUGUACAUGGAAUAAAAUGUUUUCACAUGUUUUUAA